GAAAGACUGAACAGACGGUGAACUUCGGAAGGGGCGGCCCCCAGGCCAGGGUUGUUGACUCUUGAGUGAGGACUUCAGCAACUUGCGUGGAGGAGUGAAAGACGUUCAUGGCGCCCUUUUUAGAGGAGAUGCAGAUGCAGCCUUGAAUCAGAAUCCCCGAAAGGAAAGACGGGCUUCUACCAUGAGCAUCUCAAGCUAAGGUUUUUGGUCCUGUGAAUUUUCAAACGAGAGCAGAUGGCGGACCAGACAAAGGGUUGGUUCAACAAGUUCACGGCGACACGGGGCGCCACGAAACUGCAGGGUCCUGCCAUGCUAGCUGGAGAAGGGGAGGCUCCGGGAAUGCAACAGAUGAGCGGGCCAAAAGCAGACGCGUCGUUGCCUGAUGCUGACUUGGCGUCCACAGUCACGCGGCAGAAGGUGGCAGCUGCUAAGAGCAUGAUUGAGAGUCACUACAAGAUGCAUUUGAAGAACCUGUCUGACAGAAGAGAGAGGCGGUAUAGUCUUGAGAAGCGCAUCCAGCAAGCAGAUCUCCCAGAGGAGGAGCAGCACCAGUUGGUCAAGGAACUGGAGAGGAAAGAGACGGAGUACAUGAGGUUGCAGCGUCACAAGUUCAGCAUUGACGAUUUUGAGCUGCUCACAAUCAUAGGCAGAGGUGCAUUUGGAGAGGUUCGGCUCUGCCGAGAGAAGAACACGGGCAACAUUUACGCGAUGAAGAAGCUGAAGAAGUCUGAGAUGUUGAGGAGGGGCCAGGUGGAGCACGUGCGGGCAGAGCGGAACCUGCUGGCGGAAGUGGAUAGUCACUGCAUCGUCAAGCUGUACUGCUCUUUCCAGGAUGAGGAGUAUUUGUACCUCAUCAUGGAGUACCUGCCCGGCGGGGACAUGAUGACGUUGCUCAUGAGGAAGGACACCUUAUCGGAGGACGAGGCCCGCUUCUACGUUGCUCAGACUGUGCUCGCAAUUGAGUCCAUCCAUAAAGCCAACUACAUCCACAGGGACAUCAAGCCUGACAAUCUGCUUCUGGAUCGGGACGGCCACAUGAAACUGAGCGACUUCGGGCUGUGCAAACCCAUCGACACAAGCAAGCUGCCAACGCUGCUUGAGAACGACCAGGACGAGGAGAUGGCUGACGCCAGCACGAGCGGUCACCCUGCCGCGCCGGGCUACGCCCCAAACUUUCCCACUGUCCGUGGCCCUUCCAUGCGGAGUCAACAAGAGCAGCUGUCGCACUGGCAGCAAAACAGGCGAGCAAUGGCGUUCUCAACGGUGGGCACGCCGGACUACAUCGCGCCGGAGGUGCUGCUGAAGAAGGGGUACGGCAUGGAGUGCGACUGGUGGUCGCUGGGGGCGAUCAUGUACGAGAUGCUCGUCGGCUACCCGCCCUUCUACAGCGACGACCCCAUGUCAACCUGCAGAAAGAUUGUGAACUGGCGGACGCACCUCAAGUUCCCGGACGAGGCGAAGCUGACUCCCGAGGCGCGGGACAUGAUCGAGCGGUUACUGUGCGACGUCGAGCACCGGCUAGGCACACGCAGCGUACAGGAGAUGAAGUCUCAUCCGUUCUUCUAUGGUAUCGACUGGGACAACCUGUACAACGUCCCAGCAGCGUACAAGCCCGAAGUGACGAACGAGUUGGAUACACAGAACUUCGAAAAGUUUGAGGAGGUGAACCCUCCUCACACGGGGCACAAGAGCGGGCCGUGGCGGAAGAUGCUGAGCUCCAAGGACGUCAACUUCGUGGGGUACACUUACAAGAACUUCGAGAUCGUCAAGGAGCAAGCCAACAGCCCCCUGGAGUUGAAGAAGAAGAAGCCGAAGCGGCCGUCGCUGAACGCCGUCUUCGACAACAUGGCCAGCCACGCGGGCUCGUCAUAUCCGCAGUACCCCGGCGGGAACGCUGCCUUUGGGACCCCCCUGGACGCGAGCAGUGCCAGUCAAAUGAACCCGCCCGCACACAGCCCCGGGGGGAGCACAGUGCUGAGAUCAAACAGGGACGGUUCCGCUGUUGCAAUGGAUGUGACCCCCCCAGAGUCGCCCCACUCAAUACACCCCCCGCCCCCCGCUAUCCCGCACCACCAAGCGCACCCGUUGCCGCACACGUAUUUACAAGCGCCCAACCAGCAGCAGCGGUGGUAGGGGUAGGACGAGCGUGCUAUGAAAAACCUGAUCUGAUUUAUGUACAUAUAACUUGAGCUGACAACUCUUAUCUUGAGCAUAUCUUUCUUGACUAAGCGGGACAAAGCAAGCAGAGAGUUUGGCGCUACAUGAUUACUAUGCUGCAUCCAGGCUGCAUCUGAGCCUUAUUACCUGAAGGUCAUUAUGCAAAGCUUUUUGACCAAUACUCAAUGGCUCAAAAUGGCGUUGUUUCAAGUUUGCCUUAAUUAGCUAGAAUCUCUAC